AUGUCCGCGCCUUCACAGUGUUCGGGCGCCUCUGCAUCUCCAGCCCAAAUUCAAUCCAAAUUCGAGCUCGGAAUAUGGCACUCACUUUUCAACUGGCAGGUCCUGACCAUUGCCAUACAAAAUCAAUGGGGAGGCCCAGACAGCGAAGACAAGCGUGACUGGCUCGCCGGCGCAAUAUCCGAAAUAUUUCAGAACCAGCCCGCGACCGACGCUGAGGAUAUCGAGGUUGUACUUCUCCAAGCGCUCGAGGACGAGUAUGGGGUCCGACUCGAAGACAACACGGAAAUUCUAGUCGCCCGUGAGAUCAUGGCAAUAAGGAAAGAAACUGCGGAGGGGAACUUUGCGACCGUAGAAGCGCUACAGGCAAAGUGGGAGGAGAGGAAAGGCAAGGCUGUGCCUACAGGCAGUGUUCAGAUUACAGAGUAUAGUCAAGAUGCAGAAUGGGACAGCGUAGAUGAGGAAUCGGAUGAAGAUGACGAAGACAUUGACAUGUCCGAUGCACCGCCGCUUGUCGUAGCAAAACCAAAGCCAGCACCCGAGGUCGACGACGAUGGAUUCACGAAGGUCGUAGGAAACCGGAGAAAAUGA